AGGCUCACUUGUGUGUGAUGCGUCACUUGUGGGCUCUCUUCAAUGGAGCUUUCCAGCUCGCGGGCGCUGCCAUAUCCGCGCGACCCAUCUCGCCUGAUCCUUGCUCGCUCGCUCGCUCUAUCUCGCUCUCUGCCUUCAAUCCCUCGUGGCUCAUGCCGUGCAAAUCUGCUCCGCCCCGGCCUCCACCAUGCCGCCGGUGAGCUUUUGUUCUGGGUCCACAUUGCGCCCAGGUAGCGGAAUCCAAGCUUGAGCGACGGCAGGAGUGAGAUUUACUCCAGCGAGCAAAAUGCAGUCGCUGUGGCUGCGUUUUGAAGGUUCCGCCAGUGUGGGGACAAGCCGCUAGCUUUUAGCUGGGGUUGAAUCCUGGGUACGUGGGGUUAAAGGCUCUGGUGGUGGUUGUGGUGAUGGUUUGGGGAUUGGUGAGAUGGCCGACGAGGACACUCUGGGUAAUGUGGUGAAUUUGUGGGGCUCGUGAACUCAAAUUUUGUCUGUUUGGAGGAGUGUGGGUCGAGGGGUUUCGUACAUUUGAUGUUGGUUUUUGUUUGUGUGUGUGGGUGCGUGUGUGUGUGGUAGAGUAGCGUAGACUCAGUGUCUUCGUAAGCUGAGAUGGAGUGGAGUGAAGCUCUGGGAUUGAGCGUGUUCCUUCAGUAGCAAGAUUAUGAGCUGCUGGGCUACGCAUUCCGUUUUUUUCUGGAGGUUUACGCUCCGAUGAUGGGUGGUUGAUUCCAGACUCUGGCGUUAUUGAAGCCUCGAGAGUUGGAUAUAGCCCUUCUGGAGCAUCUUGCGAUCUACAGUUUGUGACUGUUGUAAGAAAAGAAUCUUGCAGGGAGGAUUAGGUGUUGCAACGGUGGUGAGGGUUUUGUUAGUACAUUGUGAACUUGGGCCUGUAGCAGCUUGCAGUCGGUAUUCUAAUUUCAAAUGAAAUUCAUUUUCGUAAAUUAUCUUGUUAAUCGCCUAGAUCAUCUGCCGUUGUGCUAACUUCCAAGUAGUUAUUGAGGUAAUCAAGUUCGCGUAUUCUUCCACUCCGUUUAAACCUUUUCAGGGCGCAUACAGACAGUGGCAACACUCUACCGCACAUGCUUUUGCCACGGAGACUAUAGCCCUUCGAUUAUCCUCUUCCGCUAAGUUAGCUCAUCCGAAGUUCUACUCUUCCCAACUACAGUGCGAGCUCAGCCACCAACAAAAUACAGGAUCUUCCCCAAUCUAAAUAGCUCCUUCCAAUUUCGGAAAGAUUAAGGCCCUACCUGUGCUGUUCGUCGAAGGCACUCACUUGGAUUAGGUGAUGCCUGGAGUCUGAAGCGUCCUGAGCAUGAAUUAAGCGAAUUCAUUCUUUGAUUUUGAUGCAGCAGGCAUUCCAACAGGCGGUACUGCUGUUGGGUGGGGAUUCAGAAAUCUUAUUUUGACAUAGACGUUCCCAACGAACGUCAGUUUUCCUGAUCAUCUCUCGAACAAUUUAGAGGUACAAUUUUCGAAAUGGAGGAUCUCAUGGAUGCUGCAAGGCGCGGUGAUGUUGACACAGUGCAACAGUUCCUGGAGACUACAGCUAGAUGCGUUGACACUGUGAUGGCUCCCUUCAACAUGUCGCCCCUGCACGUUGCCGCAGCAAAUGGUGAACUCGACAUGGUGAAUCUUAUUCUCAGGGGCGAAGUUAAUCUGUCCAUUAUGGAUGACCUUCACCGAACGCCCCUCCAUCUUGCAGCCUACAACGACCACGCAGAGGUUGCGAAAGCGAUUCUGGCGAAGGAAGCAGGUCACUUAGACAUCAAUGCACCUGCCAUGUUUGGCAUUACCCCGCUCCACCUCUCUAUCAUGCGGCGCUCACUUUCUGUAGCUGAGAUUCUUGUAUCUGAGCACCAAGUCGACAAAAUGGCACAGACUGAGGAUUUGUUGAGUAUACUUCACAUGGCGGGCGAUGUGGGGCAGGAUAAUAUCGUCACGUUUUUGGCACAAAAUCUCGCCGAAUCCGACAUAAGCAAGCUGAUGAGCCCUUCCAUGGUUGAUCGUAUCCAGAGAACGCCCUUACACUACGCAGCCCGCGCUGGCCACGUCGACAUCGUCAAGCUCUUCUUCCAACAACCAUUUUACGAAUAUCUCGACGUGAAUGCCAAAGACGCAGAUGGGCUUACACCUUUGCACCUGGCAGCUCGCGUGGGUCACAUCGGCGUAGUGGCGGAGCUUCUCAAGAGUGCAAACCUCUCUGUGAACGCGAAGGCAAGGAACCGAAACACACAAGCAAGCCUUGCUGCUCCCACGGAUUUGGAGCUGGAGUACCUUCCUCGACCGUCUCUUGUAGACCCGAAAACUGAAACCAGUAAUGGUUUCACUGCCCUGCAUCUAGCGGCGCGCGAGGGCCACAAAGGGGUGGUCUUCAGGCUCCUGCGGUGUGCUUCCAUACUUGUGAAUGUGGAAGACAGUGAAGGCCUGACGCCGUUGCAUUACGCUUGUAUGCAUGGUCAAGCUGAAGUUGUGAAGAUGCUCCUGGAGAAUCCUAAACGGAACGUGAAUGUUGAAAGUCAUGAUAAGUCGACGCCCUUGCACUUGGGAGUCAAGAGUGGUCAUAUUCCUACUGUCAUCGAACUCCUACGCCAGACUGACAUCAAUUGCAACUGUGAGGACGGAACUGGCUCAACAGCGCUCGACAUAGCAGAGAGAGAAGGUCACAUAAACCUUGUGUGGCUGCUUCUAGAGCACCCAGUGGAAGUGCGAAAGGACCCGGGAGCAGAGCAUUUGUACAGCAAGCAGCUAGAGCUAGCGGCCAAAGAGAAGCACACCGACAUUGUGAGGCUCCUCUUUCAAAGAAUUUCAGACGAGGUCGCGUUUACAGGGGAAACAUCCAACCGCGGCCAGAAUUUGCUACACUGGGCGGCGGAGAUGGGCUAUAAACAAUUAACUGGUCACCUUCUAGUGUGGGGCUCUGCGCGGGACAUAAACAUCCGAGACUCUCUCUACAAUACGCCCUUACACUAUGCCUCCCAGAAGGGUCAUAUUGAUAUUGUUAGAAUGCUGCUUGCUCGUCCAGAUGUGGAUAUUAACGCAGAGAAUCAUAGGAAGGAAACACCGCUACAUCUAGCUGCCAGGGAGGGAUGGUUCGAAGUAGUGAAGGAGCUCAGCUUGGAGACUUCUGGCCGGUUACGGGCUACUGAGGAGGAUAAGUAUGACAGAACAGCGCUCCAGCUCGCAGUGGAAAAUCGCCACAAGGACAUCCAGAAGCUUCUCCUCGAGCGGCCUGAUGUGCAAGAGUACGUGAAUGGCCUCUACAGGGACAGGCAAGUCUACGUGGAUGCAGCUAACGCCAUUCUCGUGGGUGCAGCGUUGAUUGCUAGUGUCACCUUUGCUGCGUGGUUGCAACCUCCCUUGGGGUAUGCUCCUUACGUUGGUGGCGAGGCGGGCGCCUCGCAGCCUACUGGUAACUACGAAGUGUAUGCCAAUUUGCAGCAACAUCCAAGCCUUGAAGUGUUUUGGAUCUUCAACACCUUGUCAUUUUUUUUCUCCAUGGCUACUGUGUUAGCGGGUGCUGGGGGUGUUUUGCCCAUGCGUGAGGGGUUUAUUAAGGAUGCUGUGGAGAAGGUGAGAAGAGCACUUCUGUGGACGGCUCUUCUACUGGCAGGCUCCGUUAUUUUUGUUCUGGGGGCAUUUGCAACGGCGGGAUACGUCGUGCUGCCGCCAAUUUCCAAGUAUCGCCAUAACAUGAUCGUCGCUAUUGUCUUUGGGGGGCUAGUCUGUGGCAUCGCGCUUAGCGUCUUCCUGCUCAACCUCUACCAGCUCCUCCCUGAGUGGUGGCGAAACAACGUCGAUAACAGAAUUUUCCUCAACUGGGAAGAGCUUCGCAGGAGGAAAGCCAAAAAUUAACUGUGCGUGGCAUCUCAAGAAAUGCUGCAGAUUUCCGGGUCGUUGCACAAAAUGGGUUUUUUUUAUUAGUUCGUGAUCAGACCUCGGUGACUAAUUGUUUGCGGUGUCUUUAGAUGAUCAUUUCAUGAUUUGAUCGGUGUGAAUUGCGUGGUUCAGCUCCAAGUCCGCUGCCAAGGACACACUCAUUUUGCUUGAUCAGGCUCUACUUAUUAUACUUCAUCCCAGUUCUGCAUGGCCAUCUACACUUUGUAGACCGAAAUUGAUUCAUUGUGGUGUAGAGUCCACAUGGAGGCAAGCCUUCAAUUGGAGUUUUGCUGCAUGUUGUGGUAAAGCUGAAAGGAUUUACGCGUGACUAUCAAACACAGGUAUGGAAUUAUGAUGGCCAGUGCUCGGUGGAGGGGCCGUUCUUGACGAUCAUAUACCCAGAGCUUUGAUUUAGAAUGACAAGUUAACAGCACAAUGAGCUAUUGCCAGCAUUCCCUCUUAGUGGUCACAGAACGUUUAGAAGUGAGAGCAUCUUGUAUUUCAAACCUGUGACACUCUUUAUCUUAACGCCAUGGUAGCAUUGGAAUCAAAAAUGUGACGCUCAACUGCUGUGAUACACAUAUACAAUCUGUGGGUCCUCAAGCAAGUGCACAUUUCCUGGUCUCCCCUCAGACCGGUUUUGAAGUCCAGGUCCACUUUCAGAGCAGAACGUCUUUACCUCAAACUCCUUAUUUUUUCUCGCUUUACUGUUGCGAUGAUUCAGCACACGAAAAAAUAAACUUGUAACGUUAAUCACCUUUCUUUUCUGAAA